AUGACAAAUACCGAGAUAGCGACGAAAGCGCCGGAGAGCGACGCGCAGGAGACAAGUACCCCGCCCUCCAGCGAGCCAUCAUCUGCCACUGCGACUACUGCUCCCGCUCCCGCUCCCACUUCCUCCAGUCCCAAGCUGAGCGAGCACUGCACCUCUGAUCGGCCGGCUCCUGUCGGUCAGUCCUCAACGGGCGAGAUCAGGAAACUAAACGAUGUCGACGUCUACAUCUCCAAACCCGCCGACUACCCCCACGCCCCAGCCCGCCUUCUCCUCCUCCUAACCGGCGGCACCGGCCUGCAGAGCGUCAACAACCAGAUCCAAGCCGACCGCUUUGCCAGCGACGGCAACUUCCUCGUCGUCAUGCCAGACCUGUUCAACGGCGAUCCGGCCCCCAACAGCCGCGCGGCCGCCGAAUUCGAGUCCGAAGUGCAGAGCUCCGGGUCUAGUUCCCUGCUGGAUGCGUUCCGGCUCAAGGCCGCGGAGACGGCUAAGAGCUUCCUCAUCGACAUGUGGCUGGCGCGGCAUACAGAGGAGAAGGUGCUGCCUCUGCUGGAGCGUGUGCUAGACGGUGCGCGGGACGAGUUUGCGGAUGCCGUGACGAAUGGGGGUGGGGUGUAUGGCGUGGGGUACUGCUUUGGGGCGCGAUACAUCUUGCUGUUGGCGGCGGAACGGCAGAAGAAUGGGCAGCGGAACCAGCAGGGGGGCAGUGGGAAUGACGAGGAAGCGAACCGUCCAGCAACAACGCCGCCACAGCUUAAAGCGGGCGCGCUGGCGCAUGCGACGAUGGUGUCGAAGGAGGACUUUAGCGGCCUCAAGGCGCCGCUGAGUGUGGUGUGCGUGGAGAAUGAUCCGAUGUUUCCCGAUGAGGUGCGCGUUGCGGGAGAAGAGUAUAUGAGUUCGAACGGGGUUGAGCAUGAAGUGCAGGUGUAUCCUGGCGUGCCACAUGGGUUUGCCGUGGUUGGCGAGUACGACGACGCAAAUAUCAAAGUUGCGCAGGCCACUGCGUAUGAUCAAAUGCUGAAUUGGCUUAAGGAGCAUUAA